UAGGAAUGGAGCUGAGCCUUCAAGAAAUGGUGAAAAAACCAAUCCACGAGAUCCCAACGCGGUACGUUGUGGAUCAAGAAGCCUUGAUUUCACGCUCGUCUGAGGAAAUUUCAUCCUCAACCGCAGCAGAAAUCCCGGUUCUCGACAUGGGAAGCUUGCUCAACGAACAAACGAAAGCCUCCCAGCUCGAGAAGCUGCACUCAACAUGCACCCAGUGGGGCAUAUUCCAGCUAGUGAAUCACGGGGUGAACACAUCAUUGGUGGAGAAAUUGAAGCAUGAAAUCAAAGAAUUCUACAAUCUUCCAUUGGAAGAGAGGCUGAGAUACAAGAUUAGGGAGGGAGAGGUUGAAGGGUAUGGUCAAACAGUAAUUGUUUCUCAAGAUCAAAAAGUUGAUUGGGCAGACAGAUUCUAUAUGAUCACUAAUCCUAUUCAACGCCGCAAACCUCAUCUCUUUCCCGACCUCCCUUCAUCACUCAGAGAAGCCCUAGAAGCCUACAUCUCCGAGCUCCAGAAACUGUCAAAGGCGAUAUUCGCGGUGAUGGCGGAGUCUCUGAAGAUGGAACCUAGCGAGGUGGAGGAGAUGUUCGAGGACGGGAUGCAGUCACUGCGAAUGACAUACUACCCGCCUUGCCCGGAGCCGGAGAAGGUGAUGGGGCUGACGCCGCACUCGGACGCGAGCGGGAUCACCGUCCUCCUCCAAGUUAACGGCGUCCAAGGCUUCCAGAUCAAGAAAGACGGCGUCUGGAUGCCAGUCCAUUUCAUGCCCGACGCCUUUGUUGUCAACGUAGGAGACAUCCUUGAGAUAUUGAGCAAUGGGGAGUUCAAGAGCAUCGAGCACAGGGCGACGGUGAAUUCGGAGAGAGAGAGAAUAACGGUGGCUAUGUUUUUUAACUGCAAAUACGAAGCGGAAGUGGGUCCGUCGCCGUCGCUGUUGACGACACAGCGGCCAAUUUUCAGGCGGCUGAAGAUGGAGCAGUACGUUAAAUAUUUCUUCGCCAGGAAGCUCAACGGGAAAUCAUUCCUUGAUUACAUGAAGAUAUAA